GCGAAUAGCAUGACUGAAUACUGAAUGCCCUGAAUUGCAUAACUCAAAACAGGUUCGAGUCUCCAUGGAGCUGCUGGCAAUGCCUUCGGCGGCUUUGGCGCUGUGCCUACACAUCCUGCAUCAUUGUUAGGGACAACGGAGAAUCCCAUCCAUGGAGGCGGCUUUGUCCUUGCUUGGACUGACGAGCAGGAGGGUGUGAUGGCCACUGGGGGCGGGGCGUGUGGGGGAGCGAGCGAGGCUGGAAAGGUGCACACGAGGACCUGCAUUCAUCUUUCUCAUGGCCAACCCAAGUACUGCGCUCGUUCCUGCCCUUAUUGUUGGAAAUCGAACUGAAUUGAUUCAAAUUGCUUGAAGAGAUUGUUGGAAUUGGUCAUGAGGAGGCCAGAGGACUGAUCAAUUUGUGGCGCAACUUGUUCUGCCCACCGGAGGCACGCAACACGGCCUCGGUGGCUCCGGGUUAAAACUCACAGGUUCCCAUGGUAACUUCAUCGGGAUCGACUUGUUACCAGCUCACCAGCGUGUCAUGAACAGGAAGGCCAUGAAGGGGGCAGUGCGACUUCGUCAACGCCAGGAGAAAAGGUUGGCGCGUACUGAAGCUUGUGAGUGACGGUUUGAACUGUGUCCAGGCUGGAUUCUUCCUCUGCUCCAUCCUCUGUAAUCAGACUUGAACGGAGGAAAACUCUGAACAUUCUUCCUCUGCUCCAUGCUCUCCCAAAAUUCAGACCCCUGCUAGCUUAAUCCCUCUAAUUCUUGUUCUAAUCCCUUGCGAGAUCGUAACAAUUGGUAUCCAUAGCCUUCCCCCACAAAUCCCCACCACGAAUCCCCACCGAAAUUCUUUCCAAUUGCUUGCGAGUUCGCUCUGACGCCUGCGAAGAAGCCGUCCAAGUUUAUUUCGGUGGCAAUUUGGCAAAGCCACCUCUUGGCGGUGGCAAAAAGCCAAUUCUCUCCGAGCGCAGAUGGCGGAUUCAAUCGAGAAUCUCUCGACGAAGCUUGAAGGGUUUGACGCGGUGAUGCAGAAGAUCCUGGACAAGGUCACUACCUUCGAGUCCUGGCAGUCGUCGGCUGACAGGUCCCUCUCUGCUCACCAAGGCGGACGACGCGGCGGCUCCGCUUCAGCGCCUCGAGUCGACUCCUCCGCCGCCGCCACCGCCACCGCUGCCACAACCUCCGAUCCGGCCGGCUCCACCUCCGCCUCCGAUGUCGGCGCGCGUCUCCCCCUUUGACCUCAACCUGGCUCCGGAACAGGUGGCGCGCCAGCCUGCGCAGACCUGGGAGCGGCCCCGUGGGCACCGUCAUGAUUCGAGCAACCGGGAUGUUGGCGGUGGGAUCCUUGGUUCUCCUCCGCCACGCCUGAUCACGGGUUGAUUGUUGUAGGAAAGAGGGAGGGACAUAGCCAAGCUGGCAAGAUCAACUACAAUGCCUGAUUAUCACUACUUUGCAGUCUGCCGUUACUAGUGAGCUUGCACCCACGUCUUGUGCCGUGCUUCACUUAGUGCAAGAAAUGGUUUCUGAAUAUCAACUCAUGGGCUAUUGAGCUUACAGACAAGGGCCAAUUGAGCUUACAGAGAUCAACGAUCCAUUUCCAUGAGACCCAGAAUGCAGCAAGACCGUGUGAUCUGGCAGACAAUUCCAUGGCUUAGUCAACAUCCGACUUUCACAGGCUUGCAACGGUCCAGCGGAUUCUCUGCUGUUAGUUAUCAAGCCGGCAGUCUGGCGGCAGCUUCCACAAGGGCAACCGGUAGCAAGUCGUUAGUCCGGUAAGCAUGCAUCUUUGCAACUUUGCAUUCGUGGAACAAGCCAUCCGUGUCAUCCUACAGCAUGAAGGUACUCAUCCGUGAUUCUCUCAAACACCAAGAAAUCAAAAGAAUCAGAAAAGAAACAUAUACCAAUGUCCAUGUACUGUAGACGAGCAGAGUACUGGACCCAAGUUAGCCCAAAUCUAAACUUGAGAGCGCACCGCAGUUAGCCCAAAUCAAGCGCUCCCAGCCAGGCUAACCAACCAACACUCCGCGUCAACAAAAACCCGCCGCGAAGCACCGUUUCCUCGGUUAGCUAAGCUUUCAGGUUCCAACAACACAACCACAAACCCCCACGAACGGCAUCCUCCCCGCCGCCCAGGCGCCGACGCGUCCACCCGCCCUGCAAUGCAACCGCCAGCCUCCGUCGCGCGCCUUCAUAUCUCCUCCGUUUCCUUCUCCCUCCAUACCCGAGACCGCGACUCCACUGCAAGCACCCUUCUCCAUUCUUGCCCACCCGAUCUCGGGCACCCUUCUGCAAGCACCGGAGGCUCGAACGUCAUCAGCUCAAGGGCAAGAGGAACCAUUCGCAGAGAACCAGCCGCGUGUGCAUGGCGCCGAGCAAGCUCCGGCAGGCGCUGGGCGCGGCCAAGGACCAGACGACCAUCGCGCUCGCCAGGGUGGGCGGCGCGGACGACGAGGUGGCCGCGGACGUCGAGGUGGCAAUCGUCCGGGCCACCGCGCACGGCGAGGCCCUCCCCGCCGACGACCGCCACGUCGCGGAGAUCCUCGCGCUGACGCGCUACUCCCGCGCGCGCGUCGCCGCAUGCGUGGCCUCCGUGGCGCGCCGGCUCGGGCGGACCCGGACGUGGCCCGUCGCGGUCAAGGUGCUGGCGCUCGUGCACCGCCUGCUCGCGGAGGGGGACCCGGCGUUCGAGCAGGAGGUGUUCCUCGCCACGCGCCGCGGCAGGCGCAUGCUCGACAUGUCCCGGUUCCGCGACCGCGGCCGCGCGCGCUCCCGCGACUGGGACUUCGCCGCGUUCGUGCACGCGUACGCCGUGUACCUCGACGACCGGCUCAAGUGCCGGAUGCAGGGCCGCCAGGGAGGCGCGGCCACCCCGAGGCAUUGGAGCGUCCACGGCAGUCGCGGCAGCAGCUUCCACGACACCGCCGACGGGACAGGCGAGGUGCACGAAGCUUGGCCGGCGACCGAGACGGGCACGGAGGAUCUCGUCGCGAGGGCGCAGCAGCUGAAGCACCUCCUCAACCGGUUCAUCGAGUGCCGGCCGACGGGGAAGGCAAGGACGAACCGGGUGGUCACGACGGCGUUGUACAGGGUGGUGAAGGAGAGCGCGGCGAUGUACUGCGAGCUCACGGAGGUGAUGGUCGUGCUCAUGGACCGCUUCGCCGAGCUGGACACCCCGGCUUGCGUGCGCGUCCACUCCAUCUUCACCAGCCUGGCGAAGCUGGUCGACGAGCUCGACGACUUCUACGCGUGGUGCAAGGCCACCGCCGUGUGCCGCCCGUCCGACGUCCCCGAGAUACAACGGGUCAGGCAGAAGAAUCUGGACCUGAUGGGCGAGUUCAUCCGCGACAGGCUAGCGUCGGCGUCGCUGCGAUGCCGCUCGCCGCCGGCGCCGCUCAGCUCGCCUUCUACCCCUGUUAGGAAGUACGACGCCAAACCAAUUGAUGAUGAGCCGGUGCCCGAAGAGCAGCAGGUUACUGCGCGGGAGGAGAACAAUACCGGCAAGGCGGCGGCGGCGGCUGAGCUUGCUGGCUCGCUCGUCGUGGUCGAUGACAAGAUGGCCAACCUCUUGAACUUGGACGACGACACUUUGCCGCCGUCCGGCGAGGAGCAUGACCGGGACCUGACUUUGGCACUAUUUGACGGUUGCUCGGCGGAAGCGACGGCGUCGGAAUGGGUGGCGUUCGACGAUCCAUCGGAAGAUUGGGAGACAGCACUGGUGCAGUCGACGAGCAGGCCCGCUACGCGGCUCGUGGAGCUCGGUGGCGGCUUCAACACGACGGUGCUCGACGCCAUGUACAGCCACGCGGCGGCCAACGCGACCGUGACAAACUCGCGGGCGUUCGCGGGAAGCGCGAGCAGCGUGGCGACGCAGCCGCUUGGUGCGACGGCGCUUGCACUCUCGCCACCGCCGGGUGCCAACGCCGCCGCCGCCGCCGCCGCCGCUGCUGGCACAAGGACGGAUCCAUUCGCGGCGUCGCAGGCGGUGCCUCCGCCGACGUAUGUCCAGAUGACGGACUUGCGGACAAGGCAGCGGCUCCUUGUGCAGGAGCAGAACGCGUGGCAGCAGUAUGAAAGGCAAAGGGCACCCUUUAGUUACAAUCUGUUGUAAGAUGGUGCGUUCGUACUGUUUGGGUGUUGGACUGUAACAAAAUUUCAAUUUGGAACACGGUACACGUUUAAAGAUUUCCAAGA